AUGGCAACCACCACCACUAUCCGCACGCUAGUGAAGCGGCUCCGCAGCGGUGGGCGCAAGGCGGCGGCGGCAGCCCGGACGCUGGCUGACCUCUCUUAUGGCAUAGACAACAGAACAGCCAUCAUAGCAGCCGGCGGCAUCUCGGCGCUGGUGCAGUGCCUGGGCAGCAGGGACAGCAGCGAGGCAUUGCUGCAGGAAGCAGGCGCAGCUCUGUGCCACCUCUCUUCAGGCAGCCCCGACGACAAGGCAGCCAUUGCAGCAGCCGGCACAAUCCCAGCCCUGGUGCAGCACCUACUCAGCAGCAGUGAGCGGAUGCAGGAGCUGGCAGCCGGAGUGCUGCGGAAUCUGGCCAGCGACAGCCCCGACCAUAUGGCGGCCAUUGCGGCAGCUGGUGCCAUCCCAGCGCUGCACCUGCACAGCCGCAGCGAGGUGGUGCAGAGGCGAGCAGCCAGUGCGCUGUGGAACCUCUCUGAAGGCAGCCCUGACAGCAGUGCAGCCAUUGCAGCAGCUGGCGGCAUCCCUGCCCUGGUGCAACGAGUGCACAGCAGCAGCGAGGCGGUGCAGGAGCAAGCCGCCGCGGCAGCAGCGGCAGCAAGGUGA